AAAUUCUCGAAAAGUUAUACUUUUUUUUUAAAUAUAUUUUAUUGAGGGAAAGGAAUGUGUAUGGAAUAAUAAUAAAAUUAUUUUUUUAAAAAAAAAUAUUUUAAAAGAAAAAAUAUAGACCCUUUUCCAAUUCUCAAAAAGCAAAAUUCGGGAUUUUUGAUAAUUGAUAGAAAUUUUAUUCGCUUUAGUGUUAUUGGGAGACACUGGGAAUUUUUAUUAUUAAAAUAAUAAAAGUAGACGGACAGACAGAUGAACAUCUCUUUACCAUUAACGGAUUCAAAUGCAAGCAUAAAAGGGCAAAAAGAUAAUAGCAAACUAUCUGAUUCUCCCGAUGAUGGAGAACCCAAGAAAAGGAGUAAGAAAAAAAUCAAUGUCCCCGAGCAACUACCAAUCAUGUUGGAACAAAUCGCUAAGGCUUCACUGAUAAACCAGCCUAAGGAUGUUUACACCUUCACGAAGCAUUUUUUGGAUGUCUACAUAGCUAAUAGAGAACAAGGGUCAUUCUUUACCAAUCAGCAGUAUUACGAAUUAGGCUCUUACUUAAAGAACGAUACUAUUUUGAGCCCCGUAAGUCAAGAAUCAAUCAUAAAUAGAUAUGUUUUGCCAACUUACACGAGGCAUCAUGAUACGAAUUCAGAUUUACCCAUGACAAGAAGCGUGGAGUCUAGUGAGAUAACGGAGAAGAUUAUACCUACCAAACUAAUAUCGCCAUCCUUAAGAGAAAAGGGAGAAAGUUUAGAUUCUGGUUUAAGUAAAUCGCACGAUUUUGCAGCUAAAAUUGGAGAUGAUACGCAUCAGCCAUCUAAUCUGGAUUCGGAAUCCUUUCAGUCUUACUGUAAAUCCACACCAACCUUGGAUCAUUCUUUGGUACUGAAUAGAUACGAGUUUAAAGAAUCAGCAAAUCUCAAUAAAGCACUUGAUUCUGAAAAGAGACAACAAGAUAUGAACAUAGAUGAAUCUCAACUUUGUGACAGUUACAAAGAUAUACAAUGUGAGAAUAUCAUCAAUGUCGAUAGUGAUAAGGGGGAUAUUAACAUGAUAUUUUCCGACACUUAUCCAAUGGGUCUUAGUCGGAGAAAAUCAUCUGGGGGCACUAUGGAAUCAAAUUUUGAAAUAAGCUCUGAAAAUGGACAAGUAUGCUAUGUUCCGGAAAUAGAGCAACAUUUAGAUUUGAAAAAUUUAUCGAGUGAAAGAUAUUUAAACAAAAUACCAAGGUUUAAUGGUAAUGAUCGUUUGUUGUCGCAAUUCGGAGAAGAUAAAGGUGAAUAUAAAAAUGCGAAUGACCAGUCGGGAACCAAGAGUAAUAUGCCUUUGGUCGAAAAUGAAAAGCCCACAUAUAACAAUUACGAUAGAAAGUCAAUACAAAAGAUAGAAAAUAUGGCAAAUCCUUUGGGGCGAGACUCCCUUUCUUUUGAAAUAUCUCGCUAUACUCAAGAAGAAUCUUCUAGUGAAGAUAGUCAAGGGGAAAACAUUCAAAGAGAUCUAUUAGCUGAUGAUGUUUCUGCGGACGCUUUCAAUCAAGGUUUUACUAAGUAUGAAGAAGAUGAAACAUUUUUUGACGAUUCAAAAAAACCAUUUACCGAGGAAUAUAUUAGUCUAAAUCUAAAAUCUGUGAAUAAGAGGGAUGCCAAUUUAACCGGUCAUGAUAUCAAGUUACCCUCUACAAUAGACAGUGUUGAUAAACACCGUAGCGUAUACCGAAGAUUGUCACCCCAAUCAUCAGAAUCGGAUAAGAGCGAAACCGCCGAAGAAAAUACUACAUUUAAUACAAAACAAGAUACUAAAUUUUUAUCCGAACAAUGCAAAUCACCUAUGGAAUUGUUAGAAAAUACCCCGGUUGGAUCCCCUACAAAAAUGAGGAGUCCUUCAAAGAAUAGCGACAAAUUUCAAACAGACAUAUUGCACUCUUCUCGAGAUUCCCAAUCUCAACACAAGAAAGGAAAUUAUUUUUUCGAUAAUUUUGGGUUUAAAGAUUCUCUUGAUCUUAUAGACACAACUAAAGAGAUAAAUCAAGAAUCUAUUGACAGAAAAAUCAACAAUAUAGAUAUUAAAGAUAAAGAUAAUUUUUCAAGAUAUACAAACGAUGAAAAUAUAGCAGCGACAUUAAUACAAUCCCUUUACAAAGGAUAUCGAACAAGAAAAGAAUUAUUUGGCGAUAACAAAGAUAACAAUGACAAAUAUCCUAUUGAUAAUAUGAACAUAGUGGAUAACACUGUUGCAAUUGAUUCUAACAGAAAAGAAAAAGAAAGCAUCUCAGACCAGAGUAUGAUUGAUCAGGCGGCAGCUAGAAUCCAGGCUAUGAUAAAGGGUUAUUUAACACGUAAAGAUGUUAAAGACUUUCUUACAACUUUGCCAGCAGACGACCAUCGUUUUGAUAUUUUGAAGAAAGAUUUAUUACAGGAUGCAUCGAACAAAGCUAAUUCUGUAAGAGCACACCGUCUUAGCAAAUCUUUGUCCGAAAAUUCGUUUGAAUCAAACGACAAGGCCUCUGUUGAACCAGGAAAAUCUUAUAGACAAGACUCACAUGGCUCAAGUAACUUCGAUUUAAAUAUUUUAACAAAUUUCCACCCGAUCUCAAAAUCAUUAACAGAGGAAAGCCUUCCUAAACCAGAAAAUAGGAUUAACGAUUCCAUAAAACAAUAUCAAAACAUAAAAGCGCCUGAAAUGGAUGAUUAUGAAAAACAGGAUGAACAAAGUUCAAAUUUUGAUUACCCCGACUUUCUCGAUUCAGCGGCCAGUGUUAUUCAAUCUGCCUUUAAAAGCUUUCUGACCAAAAAAAGGAAAAGUUUAGCAGAACCGAUCUCGCCUGUCGCUAGCACAAGCAGUCCUUCAACGCCUUCGAACAUACUUAAUGAAUAUAUGGAAUCCCAAUCUAACAAUAUAAAGUCUAAUUUAAACCCACCAUUUAUUAAACAAAAUUCCCGUACAAAUGAAGAUGUAACUCUCUUAUAAUUAGUUGGCAACUUUUAAACCUAUUUUAUUAUUUAAUAAACUUAUUUUAUUUGCUUAACUUUUAACAAAUAAUUUUUACAUCGCUUGGACGCAAAUCAUGACAUUUACAUAUAUUCUUUAUUAUUAUCUAAGUCAAAUUUAUGUGAUAUUUAAUUAACAAAAUAUUCG